CUCGUAAGCAGGCAACAUGGCAGUUGUUAGCAACCAGGACAUCUCUGCGUCUCUCGGCGGCCUUUUGAAUGAAAAACACCGGGCGGAGCACCUGCAGGUGUUGAAGACGUUCACGGCUGCGUUACGGGACAGAGAGUACAGGGAUGCCGUGGAGGAGCAGGCGUUCUCCAGUCUCCUGCAGGUCCUCACCAGGCUCAGCGACGAGCUGCAGGCCGCCGGAGAGACCAGCGAGGACCAGCAGUCCGUCGGCCUGCAGCUGCAGCUGAGCGCCGAGUGCUUCAGGGCCCAGAGGAACUCCUGUGUCCAGAGCACACGCAACCAGAGUCUGCUCAGGGAGCUCGGCUUCAUCGAUGUAUCGCUUAAACUUCUGCACUUCCUUCAGAACACACAUUGGGAGAGUACCGAUGGCAUAUAUGAAACUCUGCGUUGUGGGAUCCAGUUCCUCGGUAACUUGGCCGUGGGACACCAAAUGUGUAAAGAUGACAUUUGGCGGCUGAGCUUCCCAAAUCUUUUCCUGGAGCUGCUCGGGGCUAAGGAUGAGAAGACGGUGAACUACGCCUCCAUGGUUCUCCACACAUGUCUGGAUGAAGCCAAGGUGGAGGACAUGUCAGAGCCACAGAACAUCCAGCUGGCACUCAGGGUGAUGGAGCUCUGUAGGACUCAACCUGACCUGGACUGGACGGUUCUCAUUGCAACACAGCACUUUCUCAAAUCCUCAGCUCUGGUGGAGAGCAUGUACACAGGGAUGUCUCACCUUGAACGAGUGACGUUGCUGGAGCUGCUCUUUGCCCAGCUAAAAGAGGAAGACUCCGAGGAGUGCGGCGUCCCACCCAGCGUGGCUCGUUUCGUGGCUCAUUCCUUCCAGACAGGUUGUGGAGCAGUGCUCACACUUGCCACUGGUUCUGCCUCCAGCAAUGAGGUCCUGCAGGAGGCACUGACAGUGAUCAGUCUGCUUGAUGUUUUGUGUGAGAUGACCUCAGACCAGAGACGGUUCAUGUUCCUGCAGGACCAGCCUGACCUUCUCCCGACCACUGUUGAGCUCCUGAGGCAGGUGCACACCAUAGGGAAGGCCAGUAAGAAUAUGUUCAGUGCUGCUCAGAACUUCUCCUCCCUCGGUGGAGAUGGAGACUCUUCUCCUGUCACCGGCUUCAAGGCUCAUCUCAUCCGGCUAAUAGGAAAUCUCUGUUACAGCAACACCAACAACCAGAACAAGGUGAGAGAGCUGGAAGGCAUCCCCCUCAUCCUGGACAACAGCAACAUAGACAGCAACAACCCAUUCAUCAGCCAGUGGGCCAUCUUUGCCAUCAGGAACCUCCUUGAGAACAACGUGCCGAACCAGGAGCUGGUGGCUGAGCUGGAACGCCGCGGCCCCGCUGACUACUCUGCCCUCAGGGAGCUGGGAUUCAUGGUGGAGGAGCGAGAUGGAGGUUUGCUGCUCAAAACUGUGAGGAAAGACUCGUAAGAACCUCGGAGCAGCAGCCAGGAAGAAGAGAGAGCCUCGACCCACUAGCAGGUUCUCACGUGAAGUCAUUGUUCAGGAGGGAAUAAAGUACAUGUGCAUGCGCUUGUGUGAACAUGUACUUAUAAUGUACUGAAGCCUCCUUAAUGUUAUCCAGUAUUUAAGAAACGGAACAAAAAGAUUUGUGCCUGUCUGGAGAAACAUGACAUUCCACAGAUAAAAGUAAACUGCUUUUUAAUUUAAAUAUAUCUAUAGUCAGGGUCAAAGAAUUCGUAUUAGUACUAGAAGUAUUACUCAUGCUCAGAGGAGCUUAACAAUAUUCAAAAGGACCUCAGCAGCUCUCGCUCUGUCGAGACUGGAGACUGGGAAAUGAAGAGUUUAGGACGGACAAGCUCAUGCUGGUACCUUUUUGGCGCAACUGAUGCUUUGUGGUCUGUCCAAGGACAAAACGCACCACAGUGUCCGGGUCUUUUCACUUUCCACUGACACUGAUGUUACCACCAGGGGUUGGGGGUUUAAUUCCAGGCCCAUAGUGACCUCUGCCUUAACCGUGAAACAGAGAACAACCACAAAAACCCCUCACCACAACAGCUGAAUAUAUGGUUGUGUCUUUACCAGAGAGACAACAACAUUUUCCUUUUUCCUCUUCAAACCUCUUUAAAAUAAAUAAAAUAAUCUAAGGACAUUGCGAAAGGCAUUAACAAAGAAUAAACUAUGCAUGUUUUGUAACUUAACAACAACGCUCAGUGUACAGCAUGAGUCUGUCACUCUGCCUGUGCUGGCUUUUGCAGUGCUUCUUCUAUUAACAGAGUUUUAUACUCAACAUAGUUUAGUGAAUCCAUCCUUAUUCAUCCACUCAUUCCUAAUCUUCUAUUUCUAUCUUAUGCAGUCAUAUAGAUGAAUAAACCAUGAGGGCUUAUAGCGAGCUUCAUCGAUCGUUAACCAUCUUCGAGCUCAGGUUUUAUACCUUUAACUACUUUUUCUUCAAGCUUUAAUAGAGUUUUACUGGAUUAUAGACUUUUGUAGAGAUUUAUAGUAAAUAAUGUAGGUGCUAUUUAGCUGAAGUUAUGUGAGUGUGUGUUGCAGCUUCUUGUGUGGAUCGAUUAUAGUGGAUGAGUGCUGGAUGGAUGAGAGCAUACUAACUAAAAGUGUGAGUGAGUGAAUCAGACCAGAAGCAUUAGUUUGCAGAAUGACAUCCCUCCGUGCUCCUCCCGUUGCUGGAUAAGCUGAAUGGUCCUGACACCUCAACAAUGCCGCGCUUUACAGGCCUGCCCACACCCUGCUCCACCCUGUUUGCUCUGCAUUAGAUUUUUAAUGACAAAAUGUAUUGAAACAAUCGGCUCGACUCUCCCCUCAAUCCACCGGCAUAGUGGUGGGAGCUUAUGCGGUUCCGGUCCCCAGGAUUUCAGACGGCUAACAAAACAGCUGUUACUCGCGCUUGACUGGCUGGCUGCAAUGCUUUUCAGUCCCACAGGAAAGAGGCUGUGCGAGUCAGCCAGGCUGAAUGAGGUGGCACGGCCACGGUCGUCUGUUCACCUCCUAACACAUUAGCACCACAUCAGUCAAGGCCAGAAGUUCUAGUUUCCCAUAUCAGCGUUUUAUCCAGCAGGCCUCAGCCAUAUUGUCUCUGUGCCUUCUGGUUUGAUGGUGACCUUAAAGAGGGAAAACAUAAAAACACUUAAUCAGGGUAUAAACCACAUGCUUCAUGUUCCGGUCAAAUAUGUUUAUAAAAUGCCCAAUAAAGAACUGUGUGAGUGACAAA